AUGACGAGCGAUGGCUUCUUGAUCAACACGAUCAACAUGACCAUCACGCCGGCGAACAAGGAUGUGGUCAUCACAAAGAGCCUGGGGAUCCCCUACCCCCGGGAACUCUUUGCAGUCCUGGACGAGCUCAACCUGGAGGGCGUCCUGCAGGAGGUGGCGGAGUACGAGAGCAAGCUCGGGCCGAAGUAUGUCGAUGAAAGACAAGCUGCUGCGGGUGCCGUGCGGGUGCUGUACUCCUGCUGGGAGAAUAUGUCCACCGCCCUCUUCCUCUUGAAGAGCGCAGCGCACCGUUUAUGUGGAUCAACAGGCUUGGAAGAAUUCAACAUCUUCUUGGGUGACGGCAAGAACGGGAAGUCCUGGUGGGUCGAUCAACUCAAGGCAGUCUUCGGCUCCUACGGCAGCGUCGUGACUGAAUCGGACAUGCUCACUCGCCGGUUCAACAGCCAGCAGGCCACCCCGGCCCACAUGGAACUCCGCGGCGCCCGUUUGCUGGCCUUCCCGGAGAUGAGCACCUCCGUGAGG